AUGGCAUCGUCGAAGAGCCUCUUCCUUCAACGCAUGCUAAUCCUACUUGGUCUAGCGGUGUUGCUGAUCAGCAGCAGUACGGCCCUCCCCUCGGGACGCUUCAAGCGGCGAAUGAUGAUCCGGGUGCCGUUCAUGGAGAACCCGACGCCCGAUGAGGUGCAGCGGAUGUCACAAUUGGCGGGUGGAAACGCCAAGCGGAAUUUCCUCCCGGUAUCUUGGGCGGAAUACCAAUUUCUGGAACAA